AUGUUACAAGAUACAGAUCACCUGUCCACUUUCUUCUAUGAUAACGAUGAGGAGACUUCGCCCGAUACAUUCUCCCUCACUCAACUUACCAAGGCAGUUGGAGCGGCUAUGUGUAUUCAAGAAUGCAAUCUGGUUAAGCUCGCAGAAGGAGGAUAUCACAAGGUAUAUAAAGUCUCCGGCGAUCUGCGCAUUGUAGUCCGUGUAGCGGCCCCUGCAUUUCCAAAAGACAAGCUUGAGUCAGAGGUUGCGACCUUGCAGUAUAUUGCUUCCCAUAGUAGUAUCCACACUCCUCACGUUUACGCAUGGAACACCGAAAAUGACAACCCCGUUGGAUUGGAGUACAUGAUCCUUGAAAAGAUUCUUGGUGUUCCAGCCAGUGCGGUUUGGGACACAUUGCCAUUCGAGAAGAAACAGGUUGUAGUAGCUGAAGUCGCAAAAUGCAUACUUCAGUUAUUUCACCUCCGUUUUGACACUGGAGGGUCUCUUUAUCAUGAGCCUGGAUCUUCAGCAAACUCUUUCAUCGUUGGGCCUGUUGUCAGCACGCCAUUCUACCGAGCUCUUGAUGGAGUUGUCCGUUUCCCCAACGAAUUGACCGCACCUGAUUUAAGAAGAUAUCGAGGGCCUUUCCUCAGUCCAACAAGUUAUGUUCGCAGUCCUCUCGAAACCGAGUUGCACAUUCUACGUGUUCAAAAUCUACGACGCCAUGUAUUAGAACACGAGCUUGAUGGCGAUGAAGAAUGCCUUGAGCAAGGUAUUCGUGUUCUGGAAAAGGCAGUAAAAUUAGCAUCGAUCUAUCCUGGGGAUAUUUGCAUAUCAAGUCCUCUUACGACUCCAGGGAAUCCGUUCUCGCUCCGUAUGGAUGAUUUCAGACUUUCAAAUGUCAUGGUCAGUGCAGGAGUAGUCAUUUCAUGA